UCAGCCGAACAUUGGCUUCAACGUACAAUCAUAGCUUAUAUCGCAAGAAAUAGUGAUGAUGGCAACAAAAUUCACCGACGUCUCCCAAUUGUCUGGACAUCGUUUCUGGCAUUUUCGUCGAGUUCCAUCGACGAAAAUUGUCAGUAAUGUUCCUUGCUUAUCGAAGAAUUUCUUGAGGGACAGCACACUUGAUAGGCUCAAGAAUAGAAGAGGAAUCUAUGUUAUGUCUCCUGAUAUAUCAUCACCAAGUUUCAAAGUGGAGUUUCUUGAUGCAUUAGAUGAUGAAUAUGGUGGAGUUGUUAUUAAUCCUAACAGUUUACCAUCGAGUGCUAAUGCUUUCGUGUCUGCACUUCGCGUUUCUAUGUCUAAUUGGAAGUUGAAGGGGAAGAAGGGAGUAUGGCUCAAGAUAUUACUGGAACAAGCUGACCUUAUACCAAUAGCCAUAGAGGAGGGUUUUGAUUACCACCACGCUGAACCAGGCUACGUUAUGCUAACUCAUUGGAUUCCAGGCGGUCCUUGCUUGCUCCCGGCGAGCCCUUCCCAUCAGAUCGGCAUAGGAGGAUUUGUUAUCAACGACAAAAGAGAGGUUCUUGUGGUGAAAGAAAAAUGUCCCUGCACUUGCUCUGACGUAUGGAAAAUGCCUACAGGAUAUAUCGACAAGUCUGAAGAUUUAUUUUCAGGAGCCAUAAGAGAAGUCAAAGAGGAAACCGGUGUUGACACAACAUUCCUGAAGCUGGUAGCUUUCAGACAUGCUCACCUGGUGGCAUUUGAGAAAUCAGAUUUACUAUUUAUGUGUUUGCUCAAGCCAAUGUCUCACCAAAUCUCCAUUGAUGAAAAUGAAAUUCAAGCGGCUGAGUGGAUGCCAAUUGAUGAGUUUAUAAGCCAGCCUUUUUAUAAAGAGGACCAUAUGUCAAGACGGGCAAUUGAAGCAUGUCUCGCAGCUCAUGAAGAUCACUAUAAUGGGUUUAUCGCACAUCAGUUGACCUCAAAACUUGAUGGGAAACUAUCCUAUUUGUAUUAUGACAAUUCAGGCAAAUUUUUAGAUUUUUAAAAUCUUAAUAAUUUCUCAUUGGAUUGAUUUAUCCUUAAAUAUAAAGAUUGAUGUCACUCCGAUUUUAAUUUGGGUGUAUUUAUAAAAGAAAUAUAGUUGAUAUUGUUGA